UCUGUCGCUAGAGGGCGAUGUCAAAUUUGACAUGACAGCACAGCAACCGACCAAGCAGCUCGUUGACUGUGUAUAAACGGGGAGCAUCUCCUCUGACAAAAGCUUCAUAGCUUCAAGUGGAUGAUUCACAGGCUCCGCAAAGUCAUUUCAAAGCUUUGUAUGCUGCGUCAUUCUCGAAAAUCCAUCUCCAAAAUGGCUUUUCAGUAUCCCCAGGCUUACCGCGACGAGGCUGUUGUGGAUGACUACCAUGGCUGCAAAGUACCGGAUCCGUACAGCUGGUUGGAAGAUCCAGACAGUGAGAAGACUCAGGCCUUCGUCAACACUCAGAACCAGCUGACGUUGCCAUUUCUAGAAGAGUGUGAGGUGCGGGAUCUCUUCAAGGAGCGCAUGACUGAGCUGUACGACUAUCCAAAGUAUAGUUGUCCGUUUAAGAGGGGAAACAGGUACUUUCACUUUUACAACACAGGCCUCCAGAACCAGAGUGUGAUGUAUGUGCAGGAGAGUUUAGAUGCAGAGCCCACAGUGUUCUUAGAUCCAAACACAUUUUCUGAUGAUGGGACUGUUGCUCUUCGAGGCUAUGCAUUUUCUGAGGAUGGAGAGUACCUGGCCUACGGCACCAGUGCCAGUGGAUCCGACUGGGUAGAGAUCCACUUCUUGCGGGUGGAGGGUGCCGUGCCUCUGGAGGACCGCCUGGAGCGAGUCAAGUUUAGUUGCAUGUCCUGGACUCAUGAUGGGAAGGGGCUUUUUUACAAUUCAUACCCUGAUCAGGAGGGCAAAAGUGAUGGCACUGAGACCUCAACGAAUCUGCAUCAGAAGCUGUACUAUCAUAUUCUGGGGACUCCACAGUCUGACGACGUGCUGUGUGCUGAAUUUCCCGACCACCCUAAAUGGAUGUGUGGGGCUGAGGUAUCGGAUGAUGGGUGCUAUGUGUUGCUGUCAAUCAGAGAAGGCUGCGAUCCUGUCAAUAGACUGUGGUAUUGCGACCUACAGACGACUCCUCAGGGCAUUACAGGACUUUUGCCAUGGAUAAAGUUGAUUGACAACUUUGACGCCGAGUACGAAUACGUGACCAACGAGGGAACGUUGUUUACCUUUAAGACCAAUUUAGACGCCCCGCGUUACAGACUCAUCAACAUCGACUUUGCCUCUCCUGAUCAGAGAAACUGGAAGGAGCUUAUCCCUCAACAUGACAAAGAUGUUAUUGUGUUUGCCACCUGCACAUACUCCAGCUAUCUGUUUGUGUGUUUUCUCCACGAUGUGAAGAAUGUGCUGAAGAUGUACCGUCUGAGCUCAGGGGAGGAACUGAGAACCUUUCCUCUUGAUGUUGGCUCUAUCGUGGGCUUUACGGGGCGGAAGAGAGAUUCUGAGAUCUUCUACUAUUUCACCUCUUUUUUAUCGCCAGCCAUCAUUUACCAUUGUGACCUAACUAAGGAGCCUCUGCAGCCACACGUCUUCAGAGAGGUCACUGUCAAGGGCUUCACCCCUGCGGACUACCAAACAACCCAGAUCUUCUAUCCCUCCAAUGACGGCACGCAGAUACCAAUGUUUAUUGUGCAUAAGAAAGGAAUCAAACUGGACGGCACCCAUCCAGGUUUUUUGUAUGGCUACGGAGGCUUCAAUAUCUCCAUCACGCCAAGCUACAGCGUCUCACGACUCAUCUUCGUCAGACAUCUAGGAGGAGUUCUGGCUGUCGCCAACAUCAGAGGAGGGGGGGAGUAUGGGGAGACCUGGCACAAAGCCGGCAUGCUCGCAAGCAAGCAGAACUGCUUCACGGACUUUCAGUGUGCGGCUGAGUAUCUCAUCAAGGAGGGAUACACGUCUCCUUCCAAACUGACUAUAAAUGGAGGCUCUAAUGGGGGCUUGCUUGUUGCGGCCUGUGUGAACCAGCGGCCCGAGCUGUUCGGCUGUGCCGUAGCUCAGGUGGGCGUCAUGGACAUGCUGAAGUUCCACAAGUUUACGAUCGGCCAUGCGUGGACGACAGACUUCGGCUGCUCAGAAGACAGAGAGCAGUUUGAGUGGCUCCACAAAUACUCCCCUCUACAUAACAUCCAUGUCCCAGAAGGCAAUGGGGUCCAGUACCCUGCGGUGCUGUUGCUGACAGGAGACCACGAUGACCGGGUGGUUCCCCUCCACUCUCUCAAAUACAUUGCCACUCUACAGCACAUUGUAGGUUGCAGCACCAAGCAGACAAAUCCCCUUUUCAUCCUUGUGGACACAAAGUCAGGCCACGGCGCCGGCAAGCCCACCAGCAAAGUCAUCCAGGAGGUGGCUGAUACCUACGCCUUCAUCGCCCGCUGUCUCAACUUGUCCUGGGUCAAAUAGCAUGAACCUAAUGUUGAAUUGUGAUUGGUAUGCUUGUUUCCCUUUACUCAAAUUCAGAUGACCGUUUCUGCCGACUAUUGACAUGAUUUUUAACACUUAGACGAGAUAUUUAAUGAGUCCAAAACUCUGAACCUUCAUUCUUACUGUAAACAGGUCAGUGUUUCAACAGCACAAAACCUAUACAACAAGCAGCUGACCCAGCUACUAGAUCAUGGGCCAUAUUUGUAAUUCUUUAACAUCUUUACGCCUGGGAAUUUCCAGUCAGUUAUUUCAGUCUUGAGGUAAGAUGGUUAUUUAAGGUUUGCUUGUACACCCUCCAAGGAGCCCCAUAACUGAUGCAUAUUAUUUAAUUAUUGUUUGUGCACAGAUAGGAGCCCACUGGGUGAUGGAUGAUAUCACUGUUCUGCAGUAUUGUGUAAAUGAGUGUAGUGUAAGUAGACAGUAUAGCUGAUGUUUGUGUGAAAAUCUGCAUUGUGUUCAUGUGAUGGUGUGAGUGUGUGCGUGUAAAGGUUAGUUACAAAUUGUUUUUGCAAACUACAGUUUUCUACCUCUUGACUUGUGCUGAUUGUUUACCCUGUUAAAGGGAACAAAACACAAUGCCAGAACUACAAUAAACUUUUUAAAGACUGA